AUGGGUUUCAAAGUUCUCAUCGCUGGCGCUGGCCCAACGGGCCUUCUCGCAGCCCUUGCUCUUCAACGAGCUGGCAUUGAGUUUACCAUCCUCGAACGACGGAAAGAAGCAGAUUUGAACUGGGGUGCAUCAGUCUGUAUCUGGCCUCACAGUUCGCGCAUUCUAGAUCAACUUGGUCUAUUGCAGAAGGCUUAUGAUCUGCAUCUGCCUAUGGCGAAGAAGUGCAAUCUUCGACGUGAUGGAUCUGUUAUGAGUUGGAGUGAUAUGAUUAAGAAUAUCGGCGAAUACCACGGUCAUGAAUGGAUGUUAUUCCAGCGCGGUGAUCUUGUCAAUUUACUCAAGGAUAAUCUCUCGGACAUAACGAACCAACUUCAUCUCGACAAGCACGUUACUUCCAUCGAGUCCAAACCAAUGGGUGUGGAAGUCACCUGCGCAGACGGAAGUGUCUACAACGGAGAUAUCCUUAUCGGCGCCGACGGCAUCAACAGCGCAACACGCUCAUACGUGAACGAAGAGACCAAAGAAAGCGAGGCCAAGAAUGAAGACUUCACAACAACCUUCUACGGCUUCUACGGCCACGGCAACGAACUCUCCACCGAUCUCGUCGAAGGAACAGACUACGAAUGUCACUCCGAAGGUUUCAGCACACAACUCAUCAUGCCCUCGCACAAUAAAUACUUCUUUACAAUCUAUCUCAAGCUCGACAAGCCUACGACUGGAAAACACUGGAUCACAUCCGAACAAGCCGAUCAGCUCGCCAAGAAAUACGAAGACAUCUACCUUGCACCAGGUGUAACGUUCAAGCAAGUUUGGGAGAACAAGAAGUGGUUCUACACAGCCCCCUUCGAAGAAGGCGUCGCCAAAACCUGGUCCCGCGACCGCGUCGUCCUCCUCGGCGACUCCGUCCACAAAAUGACGCCCAACAUUGGCUUCGGGCUCAACACAGGCUGGCAAUCCACCGUCGUUCUAAUCAACCUGCUCCGCACACUCCUCCUCGAAACGCCCAACCCAGAUAUUAAGGAUCUCACGCAAACAUUCGCCGAAUAUCGCAAGAUUCGCGAGGCGCACGUUACCAACGAUGUCAAACUCGCUGGUACAUCCACCAGGGCUGUUAUGUGGGACAAUAUCCUGUGGAAAUUGCUCGAUCAGUAUUUGCUGCCGUAUAUCAAUGGUGAUACGAUCUUGGCGAAGCAUAUGUGUUGUCCGACUGUUCAGAAGGCUUUCACGCUGAAUUGGUUGGCUGAACCGAAUUUCAAAGAAGGGGAGUUGAAGUGGCAUAAUAAACCUGUUGUCGUGGAGAGUUGA